AUUGGCCUGACAAACAAACAAACCUUCUCCCUCUCACAAACAUCAUCUCCAUCUCCAUCUCCAUCUCCAUCUCCAUCUCCAUCUCUCUCUCUCUCUCCAAAUUCCAGCAAAUUCAUUCAUAGCUUCCAACUACUCCGGAAGGGGAAAAAUAAGAGCAAUUAAUAAAGUGACAAAACAAAACCCUUAUUCAGUUUUCCCUCUUUUUCCAAAUCCCGCAUUAUAUAUAUAUAUAUAUAUAUAUAUGUGUUUCUCUCUCUUCCCAAUUUCGAGACACGCCCGCACUAGAAUUGGAAAGUCUGUUCAUCGCAUCGCAUGCUCUGUUUAUUUCUAUUCUCGGCAAAAAAAUCAUGGCGAGGGAGAAAAUUCAGAUUAGGAAAAUAGACAACGCCACCGCGCGGCAAGUCACCUUCUCCAAGAGAAGAAGAGGUCUGUUUAAGAAAGCUGAAGAGCUCUCAGUCCUCUGCGAUGCUGACGUUGCCCUCCUUAUCUUCUCCUCCUCUGGCAAACUCUUCGAGUAUGCUAGCUCCAGUAUGAAGGAAAUACUCGAACGACAUAAAUUGCACGGGAAGAACCUCGACAAGUUGGAGCAACCAUCACUUGAGCUGCAGCUGGUUGAGGAUAGCAUCCACUCCAAAUUAAGCCAAGAAAUAGCUGAGAGAAGCAAUCUGUUGAAGCAAAUGAGAGGGGAGGAGCUUCAAGGAUUAAGCAUCGAGGAGCUCCAGUAUCUCGAGAAGUCCCUUGAGGUCGGAUUGAGCCGCGUUAUGGAGAAAAAGGGAGAGAAAAUCAUGAAUGAGAUCACUCUGCUUCAAGAGAAGGGGAAGCAGCUGAUGGAGGAGAACCAACGGCUAAGACAACAGGUGGCUAAUAUAUCAUCAGAAGGUGGAGGAAACACCGUGGCAGCUGAAUCGGAAAACAUAGUCUACGACGAAGGCCAGUCCUCAGAGUCUAUCAAUGCCAGUAACUCACUUGGUCCUCCUCAAGACUACGACAGCUCCGAUACAUCUCUCAAGCUCGGGCUUCCCUACUCUGGCUAACAGCAGAUACAAGUGCUGAUUAUUAAAAUUUAUUAGGUGGCUAACCCCAAAGGUUUGAAUUAAUGUAUUAAGACAAGAAGAAAUGAUACUAAACUCUGUAACUUAUUACUAGGGAGGAGUAUUUCAUAGUAUGUUUUAGUAUCUAGUUUUAAUUAGUUUCAUGUGUUAUUAGUAUGCAUUCUAUGCACAAUGUUUGCACCUCAAUGAAUUAAACUAUUUCUUUGUAGAA